CGGCCGCGCGAGGCCUCCUCCUCCUCCUCCCUCGUCGCCGCUCCGCCCCUCCGGCCCCCGCAGGGACGAAAGAGGCGGAGGAGGAGGCCGCGGGAAAGCCGCCACGCACGGCCAGAAGCGGCAGCGGCGGCGGCGGCCAGAAGAAGCAGCGACGGGAAAGGCCUCUUCCCUCCUUCCUUCCCUCCCUCCCUCUGAGGCCGGAGGGUCCCCGAGGCCUCGAGGCGUUUCCGAGAUGGUUUGAUUGAAGACUCCUGCCUCAGUUGUGCAAAGAUUCGACCCAGAACUUUUUCAGUCAAGGGUGAGUCUUAACAGCCUCCCUUUUUUUUGGACCCAUUAAGAGACCCACAAAAAUAGCCAUUGAAUGGUAUGAUUGAAAAGCUUUUUUUAAACCUAUUUUUAAAAGAAUUCCCUUUUUCUGCCUUCACAUCUUUAAAAAAAGGUUGUAAUAUCUGAGUAGAAAAUGUCAUGAAUAUUUCCUGUUACUGUUGAAAACCUUUUUAGGCCUUUUACCUAUAAUGUGAUGUGAAAGUCUUAAUUCUGAAUUUGGAAGGGUACGAUCAGCUGUGAAAGCAAUGAAUGAGCCAAGAGCUGCUGGGACAGAUCGGGAGCCAAAAGGAAAAGAAAAAAACCCGGGUGCAAUUCAUCGCCAGCAUAAGAAGGAGCGCCUGGGAUGGGGAGCGUCACAACAUUGCCGAUGGGAGACCUGUCAUGGGAUGCAGGAGCUCUGGGAAGCCCAGCUGCAGCAGUUCCUGAAAUCUCUGCAGCCCAUUUUAGCAGGUCGGGGAAGCUCUGGGACGUCCGAGGCUUCUCCCUGGGAGGACGCUAAGGAGUUUCUGGUCUCCUUUGAGCAAGUGGCCAAAGCCUGCCGAUGGCCUCGGGACCAGUGGGCGGCCCAUCUCCUGCCGGCCCUGAGCGGAGAAGCGGAAGAGGCCUUCCGAGGUCUGGAAGCCAGAGACCAGGAAAACUAUGAGAAAGUGAAGGCUGCCAUCUUACGAGGGGAAGCCAUGAGAACGGAGAGGCAGCGGCAGCACUUUCGGCAAUUCUGCUGCCAAGUGGUAGAGGAUCCCCGGAGGAUCCACAGCCAACUCCAGGAGCUUUGCCGCCAGUGGUUGAAGCCAGAGAGACGCACCAAGGAGCAGAUCCUGGAGCUGCUGAUCCUGGAGCAGUUCUUGGCCAGUCUCCCACCGGAGCUUCGGAGUUGGAUCCAAGCCAGGAGGCCGGAGUCGUGUUCCCAGGCGGUGGCCCUGGUGGAGGACUUCUUGAUGAGUCAACAGGAGGCCAAAACCAGGACAUCUCAGGGGCGUUUAAAGGAAAAACCUGUGGAUUUCCUACCGGUAGUUGCAGAGAAAGAGCCUCUGAAUGCCACGAAGGGACCUGUCUACGGUGAAACUGAUCCAAAUGUGGAGGCCAAUUUGCUGGGCAGUGGACCGAAAUACCCAAGUCUCUCUCCUUUGCCAUUUCCUCCUGAAGGAGAAGAAGUGGGCCAGACUGGUGGGAAAGAGGGAUCCAAGGAUCUCAAGGAACCUGGAGGGUCUUUGCAGAUUGUGAAGCAGAACAUUACCCAGCCAGGCCAGCAGACUAUGCUGUGGCACGUCCUGCAGGAGGACGAUGACGCAAAUACGGACAUUUUGGGGGACGAAAUGGGAAAUUACAUCAAGGUGGAGAUUCCUCAGUGUGGAGAAGCUGAAACAGAGGAUAACUCCAGGAUGGGGCCACAGAUCGGCUACGACCAGGUGCCCGUCAAACAUGAGAGGCUGGAAGGACGAUCUGAAUCACGAGAGACUCAGGAUGGAUCGCCCAUCGGGGCAGGAAAGGACUCUUUUGAGCUGGGAGAAGUUCAUUGGAAGAGAUACCAGAGAAUGUCCCUUCCGAAUUCCUCCCCCUUUCCUAGAGAGGUUGGUCAUGAGAUCCCGGAAGUCUUCCCAAGCCACCCACCUCCCACAAAGAAACCCCGGAGCGGUCCUGAGCAUAGCGUGGUGUGGGACCACUUUGAGUUGGAUUCGGAGGACCCCUGCUACGGCAUCUGCACGCACUGCAAGAGACGGGUUAGCCGAGGCAAGAACUCAAAACAUUUUUCAACAUCUGGGUUGCUGAAACAUCUGCAGAGGCAUCACGGCAACAUCGUUCUGGCUGCCAUCGCCACAACGCAAGCCAUGUUGCCAACUAGCAGUAAGUCGAACGGACCUGUUCUGAUGCCAAGUGCUUUGCCCCAGUGCUGGACGAAGCAGAAGUCACCCGGUAAAAGGCAGCCUGGUCCAAAGCCAUCGGAAGUGACCCGUGCUAUUGCCCAGAUGAUGGCUCUGGACGACCAGCCCUUCAGCAUGGUGGAAGAGGCAGGUUUCCAGCACCUGCUGAAGUUGCUUGCCCCCAACUAUAAAAUCCCAUCCGGUACCACUUUCAGCCGGCAGAUUGUGCCCUCCCUGUAUCAGGCCUGCAGGGAGGAGGCCUUGGGGAUGCUUCAAACCUCAGGACCCUCUGCCAGUAUGAACUUGAGCUCCGAUGAAUGGACACGGGAGGUUUUGCUCCUCCCAUUGAACACGGAAUCAACUCCCGAGUGCAACGCGCGGCGCCAGCGACCUGCGGGAAUCGCCCGAUCCAAACUCGAUCUCAUCCGGCCGCUCUUCCUCGGCUCCUCCGGUUCGCCACCGAACCCGAGGAAAACAAGGGCGAACCGAAGCGUCGCGAUCCGCCCGAGAGGAGCCGAGCAGCGGAUGCCUCCCGCAGCCCUUCCCCUUGCAGGAGACUGCCGAGGCGGCCGGCGAUCGUCCUCCCCGCCCAGCCCUGAACCUCCGCCGGGCAGUCCGGAGGGCCAAGCCGGCUUCUCCAUCGCUGCGGCUGGAGAAGGAGGCGCUUCCCGGAGCCCUCUUGACCCGGUGCCCGCGGGCCACUGCUGGGCACCAGACAGUCUUCCCUUGGGCAUGAAAGCAAUGAAGGAGGGCGUUUUGAUAGAGCCCAGAUUGGAAGUGGGACCAGAAGGAUCUGGAAAAGCCACCAGUCCUCUUACGUCGGAAGGCAGGAUGAAGCAGCCGGGAUGGGGAGCAUCACGCGAGAACAAAGGGGAAUCUUGCAAAGCGAGACAACAGUGCUGGGAGGCCCAGUGGCAGGAGUUUCUCAAGACCAGAAGAGGACGAAACCCCCUGAUGAUGUCAGAAGCUUCCCCCUGGGAAGACCCCAAGGCCUUCCUGGCCUCCUUCGAGCAGGUGGCCACAGCUUGCCGCUGGCCCAGAGGAGAAUGGACGGCUUGUCUCCGGCCAGCUCUGAGCGGAGGAGUGGAAGAGGCCUUCCAGACCCUGGACGCCAAAGACCAAGAGGAUUAUGGGAAGGUCAAGGCUGCCAUCUUGCGAGGAGAAGCCCUGAGGACGGAGAUGCAACGCCGGCAUUUUCGACAGUUCUGCUGCCAGGAGGUGGGAGAUCCCAGGAGGCUUUACGGCCAGCUCCACCAGCUGUGUCUCCAGUGGUUGAGGCCAGAGAGACGCACCAAGGAGCAGAUCCUGGAGCUCCUCAUCUUAGAGCAGUUCCUGGCCAGCCUCCCACCUGACCUCCGGAGCUGGAUCCAAGCCAGGAGGCCGGACACGUGUCCCCAGGUGGUGGCCCUGGUGGAGGACUUCCUUCGGAGCCAGGAACAGACCAGAUCAGGGUCAUGGCAGGGUUCCAUAAAGGAAGAGCGGAUGGAUUUCUUACACGUGGAGGAAAAACCUCUGGAAGCUAUGAAGACAGAAAAUGGUGAGAUAGAGAAAGACCACAAAGCGGGCACUGAUCCAGCCCUCCCAAGAGACCAGGAGCAGGGUGGAAACCUAGAUUUUUCGGAUGAUGUAAGAGAGUGUGAGGUAAAUGAAGAGAAUUCAUAUUAUGGACAAAAUGCCUUGGAAGAAAAAUACAGGAUAACUCCACAGAUAAGCUACAGGAAUAAGGAAGAGAUCGCAGAAAUGCAGGGGGAAGGAGCCAAGUCUGAAAACCAGGAGAGAACAGAAAGAGAGAAGGGAAAGAACGAAUGUUUAGAAUCCCUUAUCCAAAAUACCAGAAAGUCCAGUAAGGAAGAAAUGCCCGUGUUCUCCAAAUACGGUAGAAGGUGCCGCUAUAGAGUAGAACGUGACGUGAUCCAUUCCAGUGAGGAUUAUGAAGAACGUCCCAAUUCAGAAGAGAACCUCCAGCCUAAUUCCUCAACUAGACUGCCGGAGAAAGCCAAAAUAAGUGUGAAAACGCACUCAUUCUUUGAACGUGGGAAAGAAAGUUACUCUCAGAAUGAAGAACCUCGCCAGUCUUUCGAAUAUGAGGAAAACGUGACUCACGCAGACUCGCUGAGGAGAAUUCCAACGUGUCCGACAGAAAAUAGACAGUACGAGUGCUCUCAGUGUGGGAAACGCUUAAGUACAAGGAGAAACCUGAUAUUACACCAGAGAAGUCACACCGGAGAAAAGCCGUACAAAUGUUUUCAGUGCGGGAAGUGCUUCAGCCAGGCCGGAUGUCUGAAGACCCACCAAAGAUUUCAUACCGGAGAAAAACCUUACAAAUGUUCUCAGUGCGGAAAAUAUUUCAGGCAGGCGGGAUACCUGAAGACCCACCAAAGGUUUCACACCGGAGAGAAACCUUACAAAUGUUCUCACUGCGAUAAAUACUUCAGUCAGUCAGGAUAUCUGAAGACCCACCAAAGAUUUCACACCGGAGAGAAACCCUACGAAUGUUCACAGUGCGGGAAGUGUUUUAGGCAAGCAGGGAAUCUGAAGAGCCAUCAAAGAACUCAUACCGGAGAGAGACCUUAUCAAUGUUCUUAGUAUGAGAGGUAACUCAGUUGACAACAUAGUCUAUCCUAGUCCUUUCCAUACUGAUUUGAACUAUUCAGGUGACCCUGAGGGCACAGAUAAACCUCCAAGUGGCAUCAGUAACUCUCAGAAAGAGCGCUAAUGACCAGAUGACUGCAAGGAAUAUAAAUCCUUCCAUUGUCCACCAUUCGGUCAGAACUGAAGAAGCUUCUUAGAUGAGAAGCGAAAGGUCUUCAAGGAAAAAUUUGCCUUUUGAAAAUUUACCUUUGGGACAAUGAUGAGCUGGAUGAUUGACAUUCUCCACAGACAAACUCAACUGACACAUAUAAUUAAGAAAAUAUGAGAAACUUCAUUGUGAACAUAUGGACUAUCUGGAAGUAACCGAAACUAGAGAACAAUUAUCAGAGAUUCCAUACAAGAUUUGACGAACUGUAGAUAGUCUACUUACAGUAAUUUGAAAUUAAAAGAAUGUUAUCAGUAUUGUAUACAUUCCAACAUCACUCAGGCAGGGUUUCUUCAAAACUUCAAAAAAAAAAAAAAAUAGUUUGGGAAGGUGAUUCAGGAUUUAAACUUGAUCAUUUGCUUAAGACAUUUCCUGGAACAGAAUUCCUUUUUAAUUCGGGAGUUUAAAUUUAAUUGAUUCAGAAAAUUAUUGCUUAUUAAGAUACAUUGUCUAGGAUCUAGACAGCCUUGGAAAUGUUAAAUUUUUAAAAUGUUAAUACCACUUUAUAAUGCCUUGGUAAGGCCACACUUGAAAUACUGCAUUCAAUUUUGGUCGCCAUGAUGUAAAAAAGAUGUGGAGACUCUAAAAAGAGUGCAGAGAAGAGCAACAAAGAUGAUUAGGGGACCGGAGGAUAAAACAUAUGAAGAACGGUUGCAGGAACUGGGUAUGUCUAGUUUAAUGAAAAGAAGGACUAGGGGAGACAGGAUAGCAGUGUUCCAAUAUCUCAGGGGCUGCCACAAAGAAAAGGGAGUCAAACUAUUCUCCCAAAUAGGGUAGAACAAGAAGCAAUGGGUGGAAACUAAUUAAGGAGAGAAGCAACUUAGAACUAAGGAGAAAUUCCCUGACAGUUAGAACAAUUAAUCAGUGGAACAACUUGCCUGCAGAAGUUGUAAAUGCUCCAACAGUGGAAGUUUUAAAGAAGAUGUUGGAUAACCAUUUGUCUGAAGUGGUGUAGGGUUUCCUGCCUAAGCAGAAGGUUGGACUAGAAGACUUCCAGAAGGUCCCUUCCAACUGUGUUAUUCUAAAUUGGGGGGGGGGGGGAAUUCUACAGUUUUCUGUAAUUAAUCCAACUAUUUGGUUUAUAUUUUAUUUUCCCUAACUUAAACAUUGGUGCAAAGUGUCUGUUAUUGUUAGAUAUGUUAUCACAAAAGUUUGGAAAUCAAAGGCUUUAGGUUUUAAAGGGUGGUGGAUGGAAUUGGCAAUAUUUAGAAGGUUGGGAAAUUGCCACAGCUGAAUGAAUGCAACAGUAAAGAGUUUUGAACAUCUCUAUAUCUGUUUAUUCAGAAUUUUUAGCUAUAUUAACAUUUUUUUCUAAUAAGUAAAUAACCUUUGCAUAUAGAAAUAUCUUUUGGCUAAAAAUAUUGACUAUGCGUGUUUAAAAUUUUUGUAUUUAUAUUUUAUCCUUUAGAUAUUCACAAAUAGAUGUUUUUAUAUCUUAAAAGGAUAUCCAUUUAUCUGUUAAGUAUUAGCUUUGGUUUUCGGUUGCAUUUAUUUCCUAUCUUUUGGUCAAUUCAGUGCCUCUGUGUGUGCAUAUUUUAAUUUUUGUUAGUUGUUUCAAUAAAAAAAAAAAAGGCAGAAUUAUUCCAAAGAGGACAAGUUUCAAAUGUGCAGAAAUAAAUCCCCACAUCACCCCACUCCAUCCUGAACUGAUCCUAAAGACAUUGACACCGAGAGCGUAUGCACCAAGACAAAUUCCUUGUAUGUCCAAUCACACUUGGCCAAUAAAGAAUUCUAUCUAUCUAUUCUAUCUGUCUUACGAAUCUCCCCAGGAUAGGAAGUUUUUUGCUCAUUAAAAUGUGAUACUGGAGAACCUUCCAAUGAAUACAGAUAGUCCUCAAGUUACAACUCUUCAUUUAUUGACUGAA